AUGGAAGAACCAAGCUGUGGUGCAGAGCAUCCUGGGAACGAUGAAGAAAUGGAAGGACCAAACCAUGGUGCAGGGCAUCCUGGGAACGAUGGAGAAAACACGGAAAGGCAGCAGAGCGAGGGACAGGAAAUUCUGUGGGAGGAAACGCACGUUACGACUUCCAACCAGUCUGAGGAGAGAGGAGCCACACCACAGGCACAUGUAGAUGAGGGUUCUUUACACAAGACGACGGAGAAGUCGUACAGUAGUGACGAAUGCGACUUUUCUUCACAAUCCAGAACAAGUUUAAAGAAACGCAAGGCUAAACGCACAAAACCCUACAUGUGCGGGGAGUGUGGGCACAGGACGAGUUUAGUCCUACACAUGUCACAUCACACUGGUAAGAAACCCUACAAGUGUGGAGAGUGCGAGUACAGGACUGCUGCUAAACACGACCUAGUCAGACAUAUGAGAAAACAUACCGGUAAGAGACCUCACAAAUGUGACCAGUGUGACUAUUCCUCCGCAUGUAAGAACAAUCUAAGGAAACACAUGUUUAAACAUGGAGAGACACCCUUUCUUUGUGGAGAGUGCGGGUACAUGGCGGGUGAUAGUUUAGUCCUACAUAUGUCACACCACACUGGCAAGAAACCCUACAAGUGUGGUAAGUGCGGGUACAGGACUGCUGCUAAAUAUGAACUAAGCAGACAUAUGAGAAAACAUACUGUAAGUGAGAAACCUCACAAAUGUGACCAGUGCGACUAUUCCUCUGAACGGAAGGAUCAUCUAAGGGCACACAUGUUGAAACAUGGUGGUGAGAAUCUCUGCAUAUGUGAAGAGUGCGGGUACAGGACAACUGAUAGGUCUCACCUAGCCAUGCAUAUGAAAAGACAUGCGGCGGAGAAACCCUAUAAAUGUGACCAGUGCGACUUUUCUUCUGCGUGGAAAAAGAGUUUAAUCCUACACAUGUCACACCACACCGGUGAUAAACCCUACAAAUGUGGAGAGUGCGAGUUCACAACUGCUGCUAAAUAUGAACUAACCAGACAUAUGACAAAACAUACAGCCGGGACAUCCUAUAAAUGUGACCAGUGCGACUUUUCUUCUGCGUGGAAAAAGAGUUUAGUCCUACACAUGGUGCGACACACUGGAGAGAAACCCUACAAAUGUGCCGGGACAUCCUAUAAAUGUGACCAGUGCGACUUUUCUUCUGCGUGGAAAAAGAGUUUAGUCCUACACAUGUCACACCACACUGGCGAGAAACCCUACAAAUGUGGAGAGUGCGAGUUCCGAACUGCUGCUAAAUUUGAACUAACAAGACAUCUGAGAAAACACACAGGCGAAAAGCCCUACAAGUGCGACCAGUGCGACUAUUCCACAGCACGGAAAGCACAUUUAGACGAGCACAUGGCAAAGCAUACGGGUAACAAACCCUACUUGUGUGAGCAGUGCGGGUACAGGACAGCUUACAAUGCUGACCUAAUUGUACACCUAAAAAGACAUACCGGUGACAAACCCUACAAAUGUGACCUAUGCGAUUAUUCUACUGUAGGGAAAAAACAGUUAAACCAGCACGCGACGAAGCACACUGGCGACAAGCCGUAUAUGUGUGAGGAGUGUGGUUACCGAACAGUUAAGAAAUAUAACUUAACUGUACAUCUAAGAAAGCAUACCGGCAAGAAUUGUUAA